AUGCAAAUCAUUGCUAAGUUAUCGAUACGCCGAAUUUCGGAUGCGGAUAGGGACGAGCAGGGAGGGAUUUCUCAGCGCGGUGAUAGGAGUCACGAUAUCAAAAAUCUGUCCCAAGCCAACAUACGUAUGAGCUCCACCCCACUACCGGAUGCAAAGCUGUUCGAUGAGACCGACUAUACGGCGUGUGAUUUGUGCUCGACCGGAGUCAGAGGGCUUGGAAUUUGUGUCACAAUGUUCUUAAUCCUCGUACACGGUAACGGUGGCGAUCACCUUGGGCCAGCGGCGAAGUUGUGCCGCAGUAAACGGCGUGUAGUAAACAGAAAUAUCGGAGAAGGGUAA